GCGGGGCUCGAUUCCAGGACCCUGGGAUCACUCUCUGAGCCAAAGGCAGACACUUAACUAAGCCACGCGGGCACUCCGAAAUGACCUAAAUUUUUUUUAAAAAUGUAUGAUUGGAAUCUAUUUAUCUUUUUUUCAUAAAUAAGUUAUUCAUGUUCUAGGAUGAUGUACGUGGGAAGGGUUUGUGCUUAAAUUAAUGAGGGCAAAAGUAGUAAAUCUUUUGAAAAUAUUCCAUGUGGUUAUGAUGCCAUUUAAGGUAGGGGAGUUUCUCACCAAAGUUUAGAAAUGUUUGCAUUAAACAGCAUUUAAGAAGUGGAUGUGCACUCCACUUCUGUAUCCAGAGUUUUGGAUUAUCAAAACUGCCCUCUCUCUUGCCUGUGGCAUAGCCACCAGGCAUGGCAGGUGCAGGAGCUGGUCAAGGGCACCACGGGGCCAGGUGCACUCCAUUAGGUACCUAGGGUCAGGUGCCCUCAAAGCCCCUUCAUGAGACUGGUCAGUGUGGCUUAAACACGCUGCUUAACUGGAAACAUCGCCUUUUGCCUGGUAUUUUAUAUUCAUUUGGUAGUUUGUAUUUUAAUAACAGGGGUAAAUCUGACCAAAACUGUAAUUGUUUUCAAAGCCAAGUUUCUUCAGAGGCUUGUCAGCAAAGCUUCAGAGUUGAAGGUUGCUGCAUGGACAUGAAGUCAACUGUGGGCCUUUGACACGUUGAGCUGAACUUAGGUAAUCAGUGGGGCUGGGGGAACAUUAGGACAAUUCAUGCGUAAGGGACAACAUGUGCGUAAGGCAGGUUUUAAUUUGAGUUUAUGAUGGCAAAGUCCCUGUUGGUUCAGUUUUCUAAGUCAGAAGGGGGUAGAUUGAAGCCACUGUUUUAACUCUUGGUGCAAAUGGAAAUUUUUUUCUCCAACGUAACAUUUACUACAUAAGGGAAAUCUUUGGACAGGUUCAGCAUUGCUACGGCCUUGCAUUUUAUCGUCUUACAUAAGAAAAUCAUAUAUUAUGUACAUAGAAGGUGCUUAAGUAAUAUUUCCUUGAAAUCUCAUUGUGCACCAGCUCUGUGCUUGAUCCUCACCUUACCUGAAUGACCACAUCUAUUUCUCAAAAUGAUGCUGUGAGGUAGGUAAUCAUUUAACCUGCUUUACAGGUGAGGAAGCAGGACCUGAGAGGUUAGGAAGCCUGCCCCAGGGUGGAUAGUAGGUUAGAGUCCAGACAGGACUCCAGCCCUGAAGCCCGCACUCCCACCCACCACAUUCUAUGUGCUGCUUGUUAACGUCUAUGGGCUGAAAGACUGUAAUAAGGUGGCCUAGAUUUAGUGGGGAUGUUAUACGUGACUCACAUAUAAGAUGGGUACAGAACUUGGUGCUUCCAGAUCCUUCCUUCACUCUGAAUUUGCAUCCAGACUGCAGAAGCCUCCUGUUUAUGUCUCUGAAAGCACCACAUCUCUGUGUGGGACUCAACCCUCUGCCCCAUGCUUUGAGUCAUUCUGGGGUUCAGAGGGUGGUUAGGCAGCUUUGCUCUCUGACUUCUUGCCAGCUCUGGGACCUUGGUGAGUACUUGCUACUUACACUCCAUCUUGCUCUUAAAGCAGAGUUAAAAUAUAAUGGCCAUAGUUCUAGCUGCUAGGCUAACCUAGGUCUAUAGUCCACAUUAAACAUUAGCUCAUAUUGCCUCCAGGUUUGAAACCAGUGUACCCAGAAGAAAUUUACAAAGGGACAGUGAUGUUGAAAUAUUUUAAGUACAAACAGGAGGACUCCUGUCUGCUGACAAGGACAAGGCUAUGUUGUCUAAAGUCCCUAUUUGAUCCUCAUUUUUCCUUCCCUUCCCGAUGGCCUUUUCCUCUCUGGACCUUCAGCAGUCUUGUGCCUGUGCAUUCCAGCAUGCUCUUUUUUAAAUGGCUCUGAUGAAAUAUGAAUAUGUAAAAUCUCUUACUUUACCCCAGAAGAGGUCACUUUAAUAAAGUUUCUCCCCGGAGCGAUGCUGCUGUGACUGCUGACCUGUCGGCAACACUCAAGACUUGGAGCCCCAGAAGACAAUGUUUAAAUGCUCAUAUUCUGAGUAUAGAGGGGAUUCGGGCAGCAGAAUUGCACCCUAACUUUUGCUUCCCAUAGUCCAGCGUUUGGUGCACAAGCUUUUGGCUGCCUACAUUUUCUUGCCUUCUAGUGGGAACUGGUUUCUCCACCCAUUCUCACUGUCUGUGAUCUCAGCUCCCUACCAUGGCCCUGGUAUGAGGAUGCAGCUAGAUCUGAGGGUGGGAGAGAACAAAGAGAGAGAGAGAGAUGCUGUCAUUUAGGGCAUGAAUUGGCUAAAGAUGUAAGCCCGUCCAUUUCUUCUCUUGGUCAAAGCAAAAAAUUUGCCGGAGUCGUGUGAUCAGGUGUACAGGCUGAAUAGGUAGGUGUUAAUUUACAUUGUGGGAGCUUUGGGAGCCUGGACUCUGAUAAUUUCCCUGUAAUGAAUCCUUCUCUCAAGAGUCCUUUUCCCAAAAAUGCAUUGUCUUCUGUAACCUGUCCAGAUACUUCACAUCUUGCUUGUCGAUGUGACUGACAGCGUCUUCCAGACGUUGACAGUUUAGGCGAUUUCUAUUAGCAGAAAAAUAUGGGCUCAAAAGCUUUUCCUCUGAAUGAAUGUGUUGUGUAACAUCCAAGCUGACUCAGAAUACAGGUGCAUGCUUUAGCUCUGAGAAGGUAGGAGAAGGGGGAGAGCCCAAGCCAGACAAGGUGUGGGGGAGGAAGGAUAGCUCUCAGGAGCCCAGGCCACCCUGUGUUGUAGUCUUUGCCUAAACCAUGUCUCUGGGAAAGAGUUCCUGGCUGCCUGUUUGUAUCCCUGAAUCACCACGGACCCCCCACCCUCCAACGUGGGAAGUUAACCUUGGAGCAAUAUGGAGAUUAGCUGCAGAGCUGAAGCAGCGUCGCAAAGGAGCUUCGGUCCUGCGGAAUCUACGCAGCCUUCUUUACCAUACAUUGACCAGACCCUAGCGCUCGGGACGCCCGAGCGGACGACUGGACUCCCUCAAGGAGUCACUCAGGAGCAAGCUGUGACCAGUUGGAGGGAGUGACACGUCCCCGCUCAGUCCCUCCCUCCUCACCGUCCUCACCUUCCUCUCACGUGCUCGCAGGUGGUUCAGCAGAAGCAAACCCAGUGGCUCUGCCAAAGACAAGCCUGUUGGGUUUACAGAAGGAAAAAAAAAAAACCCCAACAAAACCAACAACCCAAACAAACCUCAGGCAGAGUCACAGCGUUGAUAUCGUUGCCCUGAAGAAACCGAGUGCAAAAGUGUGCAAAGAUGAAUGGCCCGGUGGACGGCUUGUGUGACCGUUCUCUAAGUGAAGAAGGAGCCUUCAUGUUCACAUCGGAGUCGGUCGGAGAGGGACACCCGGACAAAAUCUGCGACCAGAUCAGUGAUGCCGUGCUGGAUGCCCAUCUGAAGCAGGACCCCAACGCCAAGGUGGCCUGUGAGACAGUGUGUAAGACGGGCAUGGUGCUGCUCUGCGGCGAGAUCACCUCCACGGCCACGGUGGACUACCAGCGGGUGGUGAGAGGCACCAUCAGGCACAUUGGCUACGACGACUCUGCCAAGGGCUUUGACUUCAAGACCUGCAACGUGCUGGUGGCUUUGGAGCAGCAGUCCCCGGAUAUCGCCCAGUGUGUGCAUCUGGACAGAAAUGAAGAGGACGUCGGGGCUGGGGAUCAGGGUUUGAUGUUCGGCUAUGCCACCGAUGAGACGGAAGAGUGCAUGCCCCUCACUAUCAUCCUCGCUCACAAACUCAAUGCCCGGAUGGCCGAACUCAGACGCUCCGGGGUCCUCCCCUGGCUGAGGCCUGACUCCAAGACUCAGGUGACAGUUCAGUACACCCAGGACAAUGGCGCAGUCAUCCCUGUGCGCAUUCACACCAUCGUCAUCUCCGUGCAGCACAACGAGGACAUAACCCUGGAGGACAUGCGCAAAGCCCUGAAGGAGCAGGUGAUCCAGGCCGUGGUGCCUGCCAAGUACCUGGACGAAGACACUGUUUACCACCUGCAGCCCAGCGGGCGGUUUGUCAUCGGAGGUCCCCAGGGGGAUGCAGGCGUCACUGGCCGUAAGAUCAUCGUGGACACCUAUGGCGGCUGGGGGGCGCACGGCGGCGGGGCCUUCUCUGGGAAGGACUAUACCAAAGUGGACCGCUCGGCGGCGUACGCGGCCCGCUGGGUGGCCAAGUCCCUGGUGAAAGCGGGGCUCUGCCGGAGAGUGCUCGUGCAGGUUUCCUACGCCAUUGGUGUGGCUGAGCCACUGUCCAUUUCCAUCUUCACCUACGGAACCUCUCAGAAGACCGAGAGAGAGCUGCUGGAUGUGGUCAAUAAGAACUUUGACCUUCGGCCUGGGGUCAUUGUCAGGGACUUGGAUUUGAAGAAGCCCAUCUACCAGCAGACGGCAUGCUACGGCCAUUUCGGAAGAAGCGAGUUCCCGUGGGAAAUUCCCAAGAAGCUUGUGUUUUAGAGCUGGUGGGGGCAGGGCCUGGCCUGGCCCUGGAGGCGUCUGGGUGGCCUGGUUCCUCUUCUUCAGGAUCCCAGCUCUCCCAUGUCCCAGACCCAGGGCCCUGACUGCCCCCCUCUGCCCUCUCCUGGGCCAAGCCCCACCCCCAGGGUUAGCCCUGUGCUGUCCUCACUGUGAAUGGCAGGAGGCUUGCUGGUGCUGGGGCCAUGCCUCCUCAGGAGGGUAGUCACAAUGUUCCCCUGCUUUUCCCUCAGAUCAAGGCCAUGUUCAUUUAGUGGAAAAACCACCCCCGUCAAGAGUAAAUCCCCUCACUCACCUCCCCCGUGAGUGGUCCGUUCCUCCCUCACCAAUCUCAGGGAUCCUGGGUGUGCCGGGUCUGCCCUUCACAUCUGUGGCCCGUGCCUGGAGCCAGGGCCCUCACAGAGGCUGCCCGGACUAGACACUGGGCCAGGGUAGCAGCAGGGGCUGACCUGUCCUAAGCAAAUACAAAUGUGCGAGGCACUGAGCUAAUUACUGAUCUCAUUUCUUCUUCACUGCAACAUGAUGAGGUAACACCUCAUUCCCACUUCUAUGGGGGAAACUGAGGCACAGACUACCUGGGUAACUUUCCCAAGGUCCCACAGCCACACAUGGCAGGACCUAGACACAGUUCAGGAGCUCUGACUCAGGAACCCGUAUGCCCCCCAGCCCCGUUCCCAUGUCACGCCAGAUGCAGGCCCAGUGAUGCCAAAACAGAUGUGAGAGGAAGCCAUGUGACCUCUGCCCUGAAGACCCCAGGUUGCUGCAAUUAGGGGAUUAACUCCUGGCUCUCGGUGAGCCCUGGGCAGUGAUAUGCAAAGUCAGGACAGAGAAGCAGCUUGUCCUAGCUCAGGUGGCCAGCCCCUUAGGGCACCAGAACCCUGUGUCCUUCAAGUCCUCCCUCUCUCUGGCCUCGUUAUCUGAGUGCUGUUAGAAUGAGUGGGAGAGCCCCUCAGAUGCCCCUUCCAGAGAGGCCAGUUGUGAGGCCCGAACAUCUGAUGUUAAAUAGUGACCCAGGUGGCAGGGCUGAGCUCCCAGUGGUAGACAAGUUGGCUGGGAUGUCAUGAGGAAAUCCUGCCUUUGCCCGGUGGCUUCUGGGCCACGGUACCCACGGGACCUGAGUGGUCCUCGGUGUGCUAGGGUCUUGGAAGCUGCACAUUCACCGGCCUUUCCAUCCCUAGCCAGCACUACCUACCCCACCUGUCCUCAGCCUGGGGCUCUGACAGCAGCGUCUCUGCCUUCUCCCUAGCUGCCUAGACCGCAGGCUCAGGUGGGGGUCUCCACAGGUCCCGAGAGAACAUUGGAGACUGGGCUUCUUUCCAGGGCGCGUGGUGCUGGUUCUGGCUGGACGGGCAGCCCACGAAGCCUCAUCCGGGGAGUAGACAGCCUGUAUCUGGGCUCUAGGCCUGAAGCACAAAGACCCGAGGCUCUUCUUCUUCCGUCAGAGAAAAGGCAGCUCUUCCGGGGAGGAAAAAGCAGCCCCGAUUCGCAUCUAAACCUAGAGCUUGUGUCCGCCCUGGAGGCUCUGGUGUGUCUGCGGGCACCGGUCACCCAGCAAGUCUCAAGCUCCUGCCAGGAGAGGGAGGCCCGGGUUUGUGGGCGGUGAGUUCCUCUCACCGGGGCCAUGUUGGAAGUGAAAAUUCACAAUUGUAUACUUUCCCCACCCCCUAGAGAAACAAGGUCUUUUUGGGGGACAACAUUGUUUAUAAGAAUCUAGAACCUUUAUUUGUUAAUAGUCCCUACUAGGACAGGAUAAAUAAAACUGAAUAAACAGUCCUUCAGUGAAUCAAACUGAAGGAACAACUA